AUGGAUGAACAAGUUGUUGGACCACAAAUUGGAACAUCAGGAGAUAGUUUUUUUCAAACAAACAAUGAUCUAUUAAUUCAACAACGAAGAGAAGCAAAAUGUCAAAAUAAGCAAGGGGAUCCAAUUCAGUGUACCUCGAAAGUUUUAUGUAUGAUGUUAUCAAAUAGUCCAAGUGAUUUGGUGGACGGUUGUUUAUAUAUUGGGCAUACAGGACCAGUUACUUGUAUAGGAAUGUGGUAUAAGGAUCAAGAGGAAUAUUUAAUUACUGGAUCAUGGGAUAAAAAUUUGAGAAAAUGGAAUACCAAGACAAAAGAAAGCAUAUUUACUUUUUUGGGUCAUGAAGAUUUUGUAAAAUCAUUGGUAAUUUCACAAAGUAAAUCAAUAUUAUAUUCAGGAUCAUCAGAUAAACUUAUUAGAUCAUGGAAUUUAGUAACUGGGAAACAAUUAAAAAGUUUUCAAGGACACACACGUGGUAUAGGAGAUCUAGCAUUAGGUGGUGAUGGUGAUGAAUAUGAAAAGUUUUUGUACUCUGCAUCUUCCGAUAUGUACAUUAGAAAAUGGAAUACAAGCACAGAUAUUACAUUAGAACAUCCAGAUUUUGUUAAAUGUCUUGUUGUAGCCCAUCCUUAUGUUAUUAGUGGAUCAAGAGAUGAAACAAUUAGAAUUUUUGAUAUUGGAAGUGAAGAGUUGGUUGAUAUCAUUGAAGCACAUUAUGAUGAAGUUUCAUGUUUAGUGGUGAAAGGAACAAUGUUGUAUUCAGGAUCAUUGGAUGGCACUAUUAGAAAAUGGUCUAUCACUGCCAAAGAUAUUGCGGAAAGAAUUAAAAAAAAUUCCAUAAAAGAUGAUGAUGAUAAAAUAUCAGAUUCCAAGCCUUCUACUACAACAACGGAUACUCAAACAUCAUCCGUUAUGACAAUGGAAGAAGAACUUGAAUUGGAAGAAUUAUUAAGAGAUGAUGAAAUUUAA